AUGGAUCUUCAUACAGGAAAUACAAUUUACCGAGCAAUUAUGUAUAAUGACUUAGAAAGAUUCAUCCAAUCCACCGAAAAUGAUGGAUUUGAUAAAGAUCAAACGCUUAAAAGCGAUUUAUAUCCGCUUGAUAGAAGGUUUUCAUUACUUGAAUUAUGUUGUUAUUAUGGAGCAGUUGAUUGUUUCAAGUUAUUAAGAUCUAAAUUUAAGUCAGAAAUAUCUUAUACAUGUCUAGAAUUUUCAUUUUUAGGCGGAAAUCAAGAGAUCAUGAAUGAAUGUUUGAAAUAUCAAGAGCCACACGAAGAAUGCAUGAAAUAUUCAAUUAUUUCACACAACAUCGAUUUUGUUACAUUCUUGAUGAAUGAACACAAUAUAGAGAUCGAUUUAGAUUAUUGUGCAAAAUAUAAUAAUCUUGAAGCAUUUUUAGUUUAUUAUGAUCAAACUAAUUUUAUUAACAAAUGCCUUGUUUAUUCAACGAUGUUUAAUAUUCCUUCUGUUUGUGAAUAUCUCUUAUCACAUGGUGCGAAUAUCAACGAAAAAGAUAAUAAUGGGAAAACCGCUCUUCACUUUGCAGCACGUGAGAAAAGUAAAGAAACAGUUGAACUUCUUAUUUCACAUGGUGCAAAUAUCAAUGAAAAAGAUAAUAAUGGAGAAACCGCUCUUCACCUUGCAGUACAUCUUAAUAGUAAAGAAACAACAGAGCUUCUUAUUUCACAUGGUGCAAAUAUCAAUGAAAAAGAUAAUAAUGGGAAAACCGCACUUCAUAAAGCAGCAUUAUAUAAUAGAAUAGAGACUGCCGAACUUCUUAUUUCACAUGGCGCAAAUAUCAAUGAAAAAGAUAAAAAUGGAGAAACCGCUCUUCAUAAAGCAGCAUCUGUCAAAAAUCCAAAAAUGGUUGAACUUCUUAUUUCACAUGGUGCAAAUAUCAAUGAAAAAGAUGUAAAACAAGGAACAUCUCUUCAUUAUGCAGCAGGAUUUAAUAGAAUAGAGACUGCCGAACUUCUUAUUUCACAUGGUGCAGAUAUCAAUGAAAAAGAUAAAUGGGGAGAAACCGCUCUUCAUAAAACAGCAUUAUGUAAUUGUAAAGAAACAGCUGAACUUCUUAUUUCACAUGGCGCAAAUAUCAAUGAAAAAGAUAAAAAUGGAGAAACCGCUCUUCAUAAAGCAGCAUCUGUCAAAAAUCCAAAAAUGGUUGAACUUCUUAUUUCACAUGGUGCAAAUAUCAAUGAAAAAGAUAAUAAUGGAGAAACCGCUCUUCAUAAAGCAGCAUUAUGUAUUGGUAAAGAAACAACAGAGCUUCUUAUUUCACAUGGUGCAAAUAUCAAUGAAAAAGAUAAUAAUGGGAAAACCGCACUUCAUAAAGCAGCAUUAUGUAUUGGUAAAGAAACAGCUGAACUUCUUAUUUCACAUGGCGCAAAAAAUUCUUUUUCUGAUAUUUUCAAAGAUGAAUUUCAUUAG